AUGAUUACUGAGUUGUCUAUGGAGGUGGGUGAUGGCAGAAGGACUCUAUUCUGGGAAGAUGUCUGGUUACAAGGCGGUUCACUCAAGUUGAGGUUCCCGAGACUUUUCUCUAUUUCAAACCAGCAAGGAUCUGUCAUAGGGGAUUGCGGAUUUUGGGAUGAGUUAGAGUGGGUUUGGAAUUUCCAGUGGAGGCGAGGCCUAUAUCAAUGGGAGUUGAAAUUAUUGAAUAGGUUACAUGAGGCUUUAAGGCCUAUUAAACUAGCAAGUGAUAAGCAAGACAAGCUCGUGUGGAAGUAUGACAAGGAAGGAAUUUUUUCAACUAACUCUUUUGUGCAGGUGGUGCAAUCAGAGACUCUCCCAGAGGAUAUCACAAGCUUCAGCUUCACCAGAACCAUAUGGAAAGGUUUGGCGCCACCACGAGUGGAGUUAUUUAUUUGGUUUGUUCUGAUAGGAAGAGUAAAUACCAAAGAAAGACUACAUAGAUUUGGAAUACUUAGGCAUGGUGACAAUAUAUGUGUGUUUUGUAAAAGGGACGUCGAACAUAUUUACCACUUGUUCUUGGGAUGUGAGUUUAUUUGGCAGGUAUGGUGUCGAUGGCUUUCUGAUCUCGGGAGAGCGUGGUCUAUUCCGGGCUCACUAAAGGAACAUUUUGAGAGUUGGACAAGCGUCGUGAACAGAAAAGAGGAGCGGAAUCAAUGGCUGAGGUGCUUCUUUGCGGUCAUUUGGAAUAUGUGGCUUGAGAGGAACAGGCAUAUUUUUAAUUCCAACGAAGGUGGUUCAGAAGAGGUGUAUCAACGAUCCUUGACCAGUUAUGGAGAGUGGAGUAGUAGGAACUUUGUUGUUGUUGAUGGUAAUGCCGGAGAUGACAACAGGGGUAGUUGA